AACCACUUUCAUCUUAGUGCAGCUACUGAUCCACACAGCGACCAAUAAGAUGUGACUAAAGAAAAACAUCAAACAAACGAUGGUCAUUAAACAGAAACUGAAGUUUAUAUUAGUCAGUGGACAGGCAGGCUCCACUUAUUUUGGCUCUACGCAUUGCAUAGCUUGCACCAGGACAUUACAUAGACAUUGCUACCAUGGUGAAAAAACUAGACGUCUGGCUCAUUGUGACACUGAAGAUCUCACUAACCCUUUGUCAAAUGGACGUGGUGAGUCUAAAGACUCAACCCUGCGAUAUACAUAACAAUGUGACCACAAUGACGGUUGUUGUCAACUGCCGUGAACGUGGACUUAAAAAGGUGCCAGCGCUCCUAACAAACACAACCGACCUUGAUCUAUCGGAGAACAAAAUCAAGAACAUAACAGCAAGAGAUUUCCAAAACUUGGCAAAUCUGACCAAUCUAAAUCUGAACUGGCUGAAUAAAAAUCAGGAUGUUCUUGUUGGCACCGGGGUGUUUUCAAAUAUGACCAAGCUACAAACACUGCAGCUUAACGGGAUCGGUCUAAAGGACGUGCCAAAAGAUAUUCCAAAGAAUCUGCAGGUACUAAAGCUGGUUGAGAACAAGAUCACCCGGUUAAACUUAACAUCCUUCAGGCAUUUGCAAAAUCUGUCACUCAUUUUCCUUUCAAGAAACUGCUACUACUGGAAUCCUUGCUCGAGAAAUUAUCAUAUAGAAGAUGGAAGUUUUUCUGUUCUGACCCAGUUGAAACAUCUCACUUUGUCUUACAACAACUUAACUCAAGUCCCUAAAGGAUUACCUGAGUCAUUGAUAACACUUGAGCUUGCUUCAAACAGCAUAUCGUACGUCGGAGAGCAUGAUUUCCGAGGACUUGACAAUCUGACGAGUCUAAAAAUCCAAGGGAACUGUCCACGAUGUCAUAAUGCUCCAUAUCCAUGCGUUCCAUGUAAAAACGUGUCCAUUGAAAUUCAUCCACGAGCCUUCGGUGGCCUCGCAAAGCUGCGGCUUCUGCACCUCGCUGGAAAUUCGAUUGAGAAAAUCGAUCCUACUUGGUUCGCAAACAUCUCAAAGCUUGAGGAACUCUACCUGUCGUUUAAUUUCUUGUUCAGUGCUGUUCAAGAUGAUGUUUUCUUGAAUAAUCUGCCACUGCUGACAAAACUAGAUCUCUCGUUUAACUAUGCCUUCAAGACUUACCCCGACACAAUUACACUAUCGCCCAGCUUUGCGAACUUAACCUCGCUGAGGACGCUGCAUCUUCGAGGCUUGGUUUUUCGAGAAAUCCGUACAAACACCUUUAGCUCUCUGUUUGGUUUACAAAAUCUAUCAGUGUUUGAUAUGGGAAUAAACUUCAUUGUCCGCGCACACGCGGAGAUAUUUGAAAAAUUUCAACAUGUGAAACUCAUCUAUCUUUCGGAAAACAGACUUUACCCGGUGACCGUAAACGGGGAGUUGGGUAAAGCCACAGGCGUUGGUUUAAAAUCUUCAUCCAUGAUGCCCUCAAUGUCAGAACCUUAUCCUAAAGGGAAUUCCUUUGAUAUUCCAAAAGAACUUGUGAAACCAGAGUGCUACGCCGCCGGUCGCGUGUUGGAUCUAAGCCGAAAUAACCUGUUCUUAAUUUCCCCUGAACAGUUUGAGUUUUACGGAAACGUAUCUUGCCUCAACCUCUCCGGAAAUGGCUUUGCCACAGCUCCGAAUGGAUCUGAAUUCACAUCUCUCCCAGACCUCAAAUAUCUAGACUUGUCCUUCAACAAAAUUGACCUGGCAUACGACUACGCCUUCCGAGAGUUGCAGAGUCUUGAGGUGCUAGAUCUUAGUUACAACCCCCAUUACUUCACUGUGCAAGGUGUGACCCACAAUUUGAACUUUCUCAAAUAUUUACCCUCUUUGAAAGUGUUAAAUAUGAGCUACAAUAGCAUCUAUACGUUAACCACCAAAACCAUGUCAAGCACUUCUCUUCAAGAGCUGCAAUUCCAGCACAAUAGUCUCGGCAAGAUGUGGAGAGUGAGAGACAAAACCUACGACAGGCUGUUUGAAAAUUUGACCAAUCUGACCUAUCUUGACAUAUCCUAUAACUACAUCGGGAAGAUCGCUCUUCGAAUUUACCAACAUCUUCCCAGAAGCAUUCAAAGGUUGCAAUUAAGCCACAAUCGCCUGACAAAUAUUAGCUGGGAAAUGUUGAGACAAUUCCCUCAUCUACGAGAGCUAAUUUUAAGUAACAACAACAUCUUUAAAAUAUCUAGUAACUUGUCAAAUGAUGUUCCUACUUUAGAGUUCCUUGAUCUGCGGCACAACCAAAUAUCCGAGCUCUCCACUGGAUUCCUCCUGGGAGCGGUAAACCUACAGAGGCUUGAUCUCAGUCACAACCGCCUCAUAAACAUCAACCAGUCCACGUUUCCAUCUGAACCCAAGCCUUACCUAAAGUCACUGUCACUCAACGGAAACCCUUUCCACUGCACAUGCAACCUGUUCGAAUUCGUUCUGUGGAUUCGCAAGACUAACGUGAAGAUCCCCAGAUUGGUGACUGCGGUGACGUGCGCCAUGCCGAAAGAGAGGAAAGGUGAAGCAGUGGUAAAUUUUGACAUUAAAGAAUGCAUCGAUGACCAGUUGGCUUUUCUGGCAUACUUCUUCUCCACUUUUUGCAUUAUAUGCACCACUUUCGUGGCCGUCGCAAUGCACCUUUUCUACUGGGACGUUUCAUACCUAUUCUACUAUUUGAAAGCCAGAUUCACUGGAUAUCAGCACCUAAGCUCUGACAGCUGCAUCUAUGAUGCCUUCAUCACCUACGACACCAAGGACGAGCAGGUGUCUGACUGGGUGCUCAAUCACCUGCGGGUGCAGCUGGAGGAGCAAGGUGAGCGAUUCCUGCCCAUUUGUCUGGAGGAAAGAGACUGGGUUCCCGGUUCUCCCGUUGUGGACAGUCUGACGCAGAGCAUCCAGCACAGCCGCAAAACCGUCUUUGUCCUGACAGAGCGCUACGUGAACAGCGGCUCAUUUAAGCUGGCCAUCUUCCUGGCGCACCAGAGGCUUCUCGAGGAUAAUGAGGACGUCAUUGUGCUGCUGCUUCUGGAGCCCGUGUUGCAGCACUCCCAUUUCCUGCGGCUGCGCAGGCGGCUGUGCGGGCGCAGCAUUCUCGAGUGGCCGCAUUCGCAGUCUGCCGAAGCCUGGUUCUGGCAAUCGCUGCGGAACGCCAUACGGGUGGACAACCAGGCCAUUUACAGCGAACUUUACAGCAGAUAUUUUACCAUUAAGUAGGAGAAACGAUGCAUAAACCUGGUUUGAGCUCCAGAAACAAAAUAUGUUUGUUUUUUUUCUUUUUCUUUUUGUUUUUUUGGUUAAAAAAUAGAAACAACCCUGUGGCAAUUUGUGUAUUGCAUAGAUUUUAGUUAAUGUAUAAAGCAGUUUUGUAUAAAGUGAAAACAAAGUAUAAAAGCGCACCAGAAAAGAAAACAAUAAACAUGUUUGGUCUAUUUUAUGCACUUUUAAUCUAAAAUAAUAAUUAUUUAUUUUUAUACUGCCUUUCUAAAACCCAUGGUCUCUUAAGUUAGGAAGAAUAGCCUACAUGAAUAAAUAAAAACAGACAGAUAGCAAACAUCCAUAACAAAGUACAAUUCACAAACCUGGAGCUAAAGAGUAAUAUUAAAGGAGAAGUCCACUUCCAGAACAACAAUUUACAAAUAAUUUAUUCACCCCCUUGUCAUUCAGGAUGUUCAUGUCUUUCGGUCUUCAGUCGUAAAGAAAUUAUGGUUUUUGAGGAAAACAUUUCAGCAUUUUUUUU